CCAGCCCCUUGUGUUGUCAUACGUCACACAAAAACACUCACUACUCACCCCUUAAAAUAAAAACCCUGAUACUUUCCUCAGCGUUUCUCUCUCUUCUUCCUCUUCUUCUCUCUCCUCUCAUCUCCACUAAAAGUGUUGUUCAAUUGACGAAGAACUUCAAUUUAUCAAUCAUCGUCAUUAAUCAUGCCUUCCACUAAUCUACUGCUAGAAGAACCAAUUCGGAUGGCUUCUAUUCUUGAGCCAUCUAAAUCUACCUUUUUUCCUGCGAUGACGAAGAUCGUCGGAACUCUCGGUCCUCGCUCGCAAUCUGUUGAAGUUAUUUCCAGCUUACUUAAGGCUGGAAUGUCAGUGGCUAGAUUUGAUUUUUCAUGGGGAGAUGCUGAUACACAUCGUCAAACUCUCGAGAAUUUGAAGACCGCUGUUAAACUUACUAAGAAACUCUGCGCUGUCAUGCUGGACACAGUUGGGGCUGAGCUGCAAGUUGUUAAUAAGUCGGGGAAAGAAAUCGCUCUUAAGGAAAAUGAUGUUGUUACUCUCACGCCUGAUCUAGAGAAAGAUGCCUCUUCAGAGAUAUUACCCAUCAAUUUCAAUGGACUUGCAAAGGUCGUGAAGAAGGGAGACAUGAUCUUUAUGGGUAAAUACUUGUUUACUGGAAGUGAAACUACAUCUGUUUGGCUGGAGGUAUCUGAGGUGAAGGGGGAUGAUGUGGUUUGUGUGAUCAAUAAUUCUGCAACAUUGGACGGGACACUCUUCACUUUGCAUGCUUCACAAGUUCAGAUUGAUAUGCCUACUCUGUCAGAGAAAGACAAGGAGGUUAUAAGCUCAUGGGGUGUCCAAAACAAAAUCGACUUUCUUUCACUGUCAUACACUCGUCAUGCAGAAGAUGUUCGCCAAACGCGUGAGCUGCUGGCGAGUUUAGGUGAUCUUAGUCAAACUCAGAUUUUUGCCAAGAUUGAAAAUGUAGAGGGUUUGACCCAUUUUGAUGAAAUUCUACAAGAGGCAGAUGGCAUCAUUCUUUCCCGUGGAAACUUGGGCAUAGAUCUCCCUCCUGAGAAGGUGUUCUUGUUUCAAAAAGCUGCUUUGCAUAAAUGCAAUAUGGUUGGGAAGCCCGCUGUGGUUACCCGCGUUGUUGAUAGCAUGACCAAUAACCUCAGACCAACGCGUGCUGAGGCGACUGAUGUUGCUAACGCUGUAUUGGAUGGAAGUGAUGCAAUUCUUCUUGGAGCUGAGACACACCGAGGUUUAUAUCCUGUUGAAACUGUUAGAACUGUUGAUAGAAUUUGUUUUGAGGCUGAAAGGGUGUUCAACCAAGAUCUAUACUUCAAGAAAGCUGUCAAGUAUGUGGGAGAGCCUAUGUCUCACCUGGAAUCUAUUGGUUCUUCUGCUGUGCGUGCUGCGUUGAAGGUAAAAGCGUCCGUUAUAAUCUGUUUCACCUCUUCUGGGAGAGCUGCAAGGUUGCUUGCAAAAUAUAGGCCACCAAUGCCUAUUCUCUCAGUUGUGAUCCCCCGUCUUAAGACAAAUCAACUUAAAUGGAGUUUUACUGGUGCUUUUGAGGGCAUGCGUGUUGAUAAUCCAAUAUUUACGCUGGCAAGGCAAUCACUGAUAGUUAGAGGCCUUUUUCCCAUGCUUGCUGAUCCCAGACAUCCUGCUGAGUCUACGAGUGCGACAAAUGAAACUAUCUUGAAGGUUGCGCUAGAUCAUGGGAAGGCAUUGGGAAUCAUCAAAUCACAUGACCGAGUUGUCAUUUGCCAGAAGCUCGGUGAUGCAUCUGUGGUGAAGAUCAUUGAGUUGGAGGAUUAGAUCUUAUACUACGCCUGAAUAUUUUUGCUGUUUUAUAAGUGUUCUAAGGUUGGUGAGGGAACUCCUUGAUGCCAUAAUCUUAACGAAGCCAGUUUAAGAAAUUUGAUUGUAGCCGGCUUGCAGAAUCUUAUAACAUAAAAGUAUCUGAACAAUGUGUACCCUUAUGAAAGUCAUGUAUAUGACAUGACUCCCAUUUUUUUGGUAAAUGGCACAGAUCACUAUUUUGUCAA